AUGGCACAGCUCGAGAUAGAAAACACAAAGGCGAGACAGCUACAGGAUGAUGAGUGGUUUGCUCGAAUGAUUGCAUUGGAGGAGGAUGAGCGCAUUGCACAAAAGCUACAGCGCGAUUAUGAAGCCGGAAUUGCUGUUGACGACUUUCAUAGACCCAUGACAUCAAAAGGUCGGACGCAAAAUACUGAUAGUUCAUUAGUAACUGAAAUCUUACAAAAUGAUGCACUGAUUCCUAUUGAUAUGGCGCUCAACCAAGAUAAGACCGAGCCCAUCAAAACUUGUUCAUCAGAAAAGAUUCCUGUCAAUUUAAUGAAUAAAACGAUGCUCGCGCAUAGUCAUGCAAGGCCGCCUCAACCAGAUCACGAUUGCUACCUAGGUAACACUGCAGUACAAACGCCUAUUUUUGCAACUAGCGACACUAGGAGUGAAAUGACAAAAGAUGCCAACGUGGAAAUUCAAACAGCAGAGUUUCAAUCGACUAAGCUGGAAUGUAUAUCUCCUAGCAAAGAUUCUAUACCAGAUUACAACAAACCUGUCGAGCCAUUUUUUGACAAUAGUUUGGAAGCAGCGGUUUCAAUACAAGGUUGUGCUCACGUUUUCAAACACCAGCAGAAAUCUGAAGAUAUUGUUCAGCAUUCUUUUACCGAAUCUAGAAUACAAAAUAAUGAUAAAGAAUAUAUACAUGAGAUCAAACAAUCAAUAUUACCGAUUCCGUCAAUUGCUAGCGAAGCCACAAAACCAAGUAUAGAUGUCGACCAGGAUCCAAAUUCAACUCACGCCUUCAAUUCUCUAGAUACGGAUCUGAAUUUAAUUUUAAAGUUUAUCAACGAUUAUACCCCCCAGCACGUAGAUUCCAUAGUGAUGCCAUAUCUCAAGUGUCAAAUCCCAGAUUAUAUUGCAGCAAUCGGAAACACCGACCCCUUUUUAAAAAUGGAUUUGGAAACCACCACCAAAAAAGAUAUCAAAACAAUUCCAAAACCAAGCAAAAUACUUGGCCUACAAAUUCUAGACGAACCAUCUUCAAAGCAAUCACAAUCAGCAGGUAUGUAG